UUGUCAGCGACUUCUUCCAACCACUUCCAAGAAAACUGUUUUUUUAUCCCCUGCAACGGCCACGGCCUCCUUCCCUCCCUUUCUAGCAGCCAUAGACGUUUAUAUAACACAGAGAGAGAUCUUUAGACUUUAGAGGGAGAAAGUGUGUUUUAGAGAGAAAAACAAAAAAUGGGUUGUGGGAAUUUCUUCUUUACAGUACUAAUAACCUUCUCAGUAGCCCUUAUAACAUACAACAUCCUUAUAUCAGCAAACGCACCACUUAAACAAGACUUACCAGGUCCAUCAUCAAGAUCAACACUUUUGGUUGACCCAGUAAUCAAGAUGCCAUUAGAAAGAUCAAGAAGAUCAAGUUUUGGUAAAAAGAGACUGUUUCAUACAGCUGUGACAGCUUCUGAUUCUGUGUAUAAUACUUGGCAGUGUAGGGUAAUGUAUUAUUGGUACAAGAAGCAUAAAGAUGGACCCAAUAGUGAGAUGGGAGGGUUCACUAGGAUCUUGCAUUCUGGAAAGCCUGAUAAGUUUAUGGAGGAAAUCCCAACUUUUAUAGCACAGCCUUUGCCUGCUGGGAUGGAUCAGGGCUAUAUAGUUCUCAACAGACCUUGGGCAUUUGUGCAAUGGCUUCAAAAAGCAGACAUAAAAGAAGAAUACAUAUUGAUGGCAGAGCCAGAUCAUAUUAUUGUUAAGCCCAUCCCAAACCUAUCUAAAGAUGGCCUUGGAGCUGCGUUUCCUUUCUUUUACAUUGAACCAAAAAAGUAUGAGUCUGUCCUCCGAAAGUACUUCCCUGAGGAUAAGGGACCAAUAACAACCAUCGACCCCAUAGGAAAUUCUCCUGUCAUUGUUGGGAAGGAAUCUCUUAAGAAGAUUGCUCCCACUUGGAUGAAUGUCUCCCUGGCAAUGAAAAAGGAUCCCGAGACAGAUAAAGCUUUUGGCUGGGUGCUUGAAAUGUAUGGUUAUGCUGUUUCAUCUGCUCUACAUGGCGUUGGCAACAUCCUGUACAAGGACUUCAUGAUUCAGCCUCCUUGGGAUACGGAAGUUGGCAAGAAGUUCAUAAUUCAUUACACUUACGGAUGUGACUAUGAUAUGAAGGGUAAAUUAACCUACGGAAAGAUUGGAGAAUGGAGGUUUGACAAGAGAUCUUAUGAUACCGUUAUACCCCCAAGAAACCUUCCCUUGCCUCCACCGGGUGUUCCAGAGAGUGUGGUUACUCUGGUGAAAAUGGUGAAUGAAGCUACUGCAAACAUUCCAAAUUGGGGAUCCUAAAGAGGAUAUAUGGUUGGAAACCACCAAGGAAGCUUCGGUUUGCUGCUUGAUUCGACUUGGGCCUUUGUAUACUUUGAGGUGCCGUAUGAGUGAUGUGAAAAAAGUUGUGAGCAUUUGAAUCUCAUGCAACCCUUGGUAAUCGUUGGGAGCUAGCAGACAGCAAUGUGCUCGAUGUUAUAGCAACUUGAACGAAUCAAUUCAGAUCAGACUGACACUAUUGGCUGAUGUACACUUACAGUAUUACUUGUAUUCCUAAACACUAGCCUUCAUCUGACCUGAUUAGUUUUAUGUAUUAUCUAUUGUUAUCCUUUUUUCCGUAA